CACGUGUACUCCAACGCGCUGCAGGAGUCGGCCAACAGCAUCCUGUACAACGGGCUGAUCGAGGAGCUGGUGGACGUGCUGCAGAUCACCGACAAACAGCUGAUGGACAUCAAAGCGGCCUCGCUACGCACCCUCACCUCCAUCGUCCACCUGGAGAGGACCCCAAAACUCAGCAGCAUCAUCGACUGCACCGGCACCGCCUCCUACCACGGCUUCCUGCCCGUCCUCGUCCGCAACUGCAUCCAGGCGAUGAUCGACCCUUCUAUGGAGCCCUACCCCCACCAGUUCGCCACGGCUCUCUUCUCCUUCCUCUACCACCUGGCCAGCUACGACGCGGGCGGCGAGGCCUUGGUGUCCUGCGGCAUGAUGGAGGCUUUGCUCAAGGUAGAGAACCCCGAAAUUCCGUGCUUUUUUUUUCCCCAUUUUUUUCCCCCCCCUCCGAGACGACGGAAUCCAUCACCGAGGCUGGGGAAGAGCUACGAAAUCACCCAGCAUCCACCCGUCACCAACAGCCCUCCCGAACCCCCCCGUCCCUCUCCGCAAAAUCCAAACUCUCCUUCAACGCCUCCAGCUGCCUGGGCAGCCCACCUCAAUGCCUGACCCCCCUUUCAGAGACGUGUGGUUUCCUGACGUCCGGCCUGAACCUCCCUUGGCACAGCUUGAAAAGCUGUUCCCUCUUUUCCUAUGGCUGUUACAGAGAGAGGCCAACCCCAGCUCAGCACAAACCCCCUUCAGGCAGUUAUAGAGAGCGGCGAGGUCCCCCCCCAAGCCCUUCUCCAUGCUGACGAUCCCAGCUCCUUCAGCUGCUCCUCCUAAAACCCCUUUGUUUUGCUCCACACCCCUUCGCUGCCCUUCUCUGGGUGCAUUUCGGGGCCUCCAAGUCUUUCUUGCAGCGAGGGGCCAAAAGAGCGGACGCAGCGCUUCGGCUGUGGCCUCACCAGAGCUGAGCACGGAGGGACGGUGGCUUCCCUGCUCCUGCUGGCCAUCAGCUGUUUCUGAUCCGAGCCAGGAUCUCGUUGGCCUUCUUGGCCGCCCGGGCAAAACCACCGGCUCACGUUCAGCCCAGCAUCAACCAACACCCCCAGCUCCGUUUCCUCUGCACGGUGCUCCAGCCGUUCUGCCCCAGGCCUGUAGCGUUACGUGGGGUUGUUGUGGGCAAAGCGCAGGACCCGACCUUUGGUCCGGUUGAACCUCAUCCUGUCGGCUUCAGCCCAGCCUGUCCAGGUCCCUCUGUAGGGCCUCGCUACCCCCAGGCAGCAAUACGUGAUUACAUCACGGCACCACCACCACCGCCAUCACGGCACCACCA